UGGAGCUGCGGGCCCGGACCGGCCUCCUCCGCAGCCUGCGCGGGCGCCCGGAGGCGGGGCCGAAAACCUGGACUGGACUCUAAAUUCCGCUCUUCCCGCGGCCUCCACCCCUCGCCCCCAGAAGCGGAAAAGAGGAAGGCGACGUGCGGGAUCCCUGAGUCGGAACGGGAGUGGGGGAGGGGAAGGAGCGCGUGGAAGACCCGGAGCGGAUUUUCCAGCGGCGGAAGGAAGGACCGGCGCCCAGCCCGCUGGAGGGGAAGACCUGGACGGUGCAAAAGCCGGGCUGGAUUGCACGGAGCAGGGAGGCACCUGGCCGGGAUUGGGAGGGGAGGGAGACGCGACGCGGCCAAAUGCACCCGGGACACGCAAAUUCCGGGUCUGUCUCUUCCUCGGGAGACUGAGGGAUGUGCCAGGCACAGUGCAGUGGAGACACUGGGCUUGCGCGGGGGGCAGGGGGCUCCCCGAGCUUCCAGUCAGCGACGUGCACAGGAGAGGAAAAAGGAGGGCCGGAAUCCGCCGCAGGGAUCGGCUUGCGGGAUCCCGCCGCAGGCAGGAGGCGCGGGCUCCGGCCUCGGGCGUCGCGCUGGGUAGGGACGCGCGCGAGGCGC